CAUUAUGUCACCACAGCGACUGUGUGCUCCGUUUUGGUGGUAACCCGAUGUGCCUUGUGAGAGGCGAAUCCUGCCCUCCUGACGGCCGUCUAGACUCGCUGUAUAUCACCGCUUCAUGUGCUCCUACAUUGCUGCUUCGGCUUCGCCACGUCCAUACCAUUCUCUUCAGUCAUUCCUUCGCUCUGACCGCUCUACGUUCCUUCCCUCAGACAUUGUUAGAUUCCUAUUCUUUUCAGCUACGAGCAUUCCCUCCUAAUGGAACUACAUCAUCGUUCAUGCGUCCUUCCCUCUAAUGCGCCAGCCUUACCAAACACUGAUACAUACAUACCAAGCCGAGUAUUGCAAGAGCGAUCGGCAAACAGGCGGCACGGAUUCAGCGAAGAUGCUUCCUCGUGCAAACGCUCACCCACUCCCAUCUAUGCCGGUCGGUUAGGUGGCUACUUUACAGGCAAUCUGGCUUCUCAUUUCAAUGGCGACAAAUCAGAAGCCCAGAUCGAUCUUGAAACGAAGAGACUCAUGAAGCUGUUGAAGGCUUGCGACAAGUACCAGAAGUACCGUGAUCGCCAACCCUCGGAUACAGCAUCGGCCAAGGACAACAAGGAGCAGCGGUGGCCAGACCAUCUCGAAGAAGCGUUUUUCAGAGGUAUGCUCUCGCGGCACAGUUACCGCGCUCAAACUGAUGUGCUCAGCUCUCGUUCGAUGGCCACCCAUGGGCCGCCGAAAGCAAAUGUUGGAUGGCCAGCUGCGUGGCCGGAAUGAGUUGGUAGCAGACUCUAUCCACAGGGACACAGGCGAACCCCGCACACGGAAGCAAGUCUCAAGUCACAUCCAGGUGCUGAAGCC